AUGUCUGAAUCUGACCAGGAGCAAAGUUCACCUGAGCCACUUUCACCAAGAACCGCUGCUAUACGUGCUGGUUUGAGGAAUUAUAGUUCUUCAAGCGCUGAUUCUAAAAGUUCCGAAUCUGAAGGUUCAAGCACGAUGGCAAAGAUUCCGAACAACAACAAUAAUGUUGAAGGAGGUGGUGCGCUUGUUGUCCAACCUCGAAAACCCCUGCGUGAGUUUUCCAUUCCCAAAGUCACCGAUCAACCUUCGUGCAUCGUCUAUCCUCAACUCACAUUUGACAGGUUUGAGCUUAAAAGUUGUAUGAUUCAUCUUCUUCCAACUUAUUAUGGUAAUACCACUGAGGAUCCUAACAUGCAUAUUAAGCAAUUCUUUGAAAUAUGUGCUACGAUAAAAAUUCAUGGCCUUGAUGAGCAGAUUAAGAUGAGGCUAUUCUCAUUCAGUUUAAAAGAUAAGGCUAAGUCUUGGUUAUACUCUUUGCCUAAUGCUUCAAUUCAUACUUGGGAAGAGCUUUCUAAUAAGUUUUUGCAGAAAUUCUUUCCGGCUCAAAAGACUAACAAGAUUAGAAAGGAAAUCCUUGGUUUCACACAAAAGGAAGGAGAAGCUUUUCAUGAAUGUUGGGAGAGGUACAAGGAGAUGAUAAGUUCUUGCCCACAACACAACAUAGAGAGUUGGAUGCAAAUGCAAUCUUUCUAUGAAGGUUUGCUUGAUUCCGAAAGGAUGAUGGUAGAUGCAACAAGUGGAGAAGGACUGAUGAACAAAACAGCAGAUGAGGCUUUUACUCUCUUUGAAUCCUUGAGUGCUAACUCUCAACAAUGGAGCCACAAUAAAGGAAGAGGAGCUCCUAUGAAAGCUGUGGUGUCUGAGGUAGGUACUAAUAAUGAGAUUGCUGCAAAACUUGAUGUUAUGUGUUCUUUGCUUCAACAGGCAGUGACUGGCCCUCUAGGAAACAAAGUGGAAGUUCAAGAUCAAUCUUUUGCAGAGCACAUGCUAGAACAAGCAAAUGCCCUCCAAGCAAGGAAUCCUAAUAAUGAUCCUUACUCAAACACGUACAAUCCGGGGUGGAGAAAUCAUCCUAAUUUCAAGUGGAGCAACAAUUCAAAUGUGCAACAAUCUCAAGGACCUCCCCCAGGAUUUCAAAUACAACAGAGGCAAUUCCAGCAAGCUCCCCAACAACUACAAGAGCAAAGGGGUGAUCAAAUGGGAGAAUUGCAAGAUAAGUUCAAGAAGUUCAUGGGGCAACAGAUGCAAACCAAUCAAAUUCUUCAAAAUGCAGUGAACAAGCUAGAAGUGCAAGUUGGGCAGAUUGCAUCCUCCUGGAGCAAUAGAGCAUCCGAAACUUUCCCAAGCCAAAUUGAGGUGAAUCCAAGGCAUCAAGAGCAUGCUAAAGCAAUACACAUCUUGAGAAGUGGUAAACAAGUUGAUAACAAAGUUGGAGAUGCCAAUGAAGAGCAAGAAGAUGGAGAAAAUGUGGAGAUCAUUCAACCACCACAUGGGCAGCCCAUAGCUUCCAACAAACAGUCCCUCAAUCCUUCGGGAAUGGAGUGGUUGGUGUAUUGCAUAGUUUUAGAUUGGAUUUCACUCAAAACCCACCAAAUGACUCCUCUCACCAUAAUAUGA